AUGAAAAUAAAAACUAUCAAAAGAAGUUCGGAUGACUAUGUGCCAGUGAAGAGUACUCAAGAAUCACAGAUGCCUCGUAAUCUAAAUCCUGAGUUACAUCCUUUUGAAAGGGCUCGUGAGUAUACAAAGGCUCUGACUGCUACCAAGAUGGAAAGAAUGUUUGCCAAACCUUUCAUUGGGCAGAUGGGCUAUGGUCAUAGAGAUGGUGUCUAUACUAUUGCUAAGAAUUAUAAUCAAUUAAAUAAACUAGCAAGUAGUUCUGCUGAUGGUGUUGUCAAAUAUUUCAAUAUGUCAACUAGAGAAGAGAUAUGCUCAUUCAAAGCUCAUUAUGGUUUGGUUACUGGGUUAUGUGUCAGACCAGAGACAUCUGCCACUAAUAAAAAUGAACAUUAUAUGAUUUCUUGUGGUGAUGAUAAGACAGUAAAAUUAUGGUCAGUGGAUAGCAAUGAUUUUUCUAAUAAUAAGAAAGAUGAUACCAUUCAUAAAGGUGAUGGUCUUCUUAAGACUUACUACGGUGAUCACGCAUUCUUUGGUCUAGAUCAUCAUAGAAAUAAUUCAACUUUCGUUACAGGUGGUGCACAAAUUCAACUAUGGGAUGCAAACAGAUCUAAACCAAUUUCUAAUUUAACAUGGGGUGCUGAUAAUGUCACCAGCGUAAAGUUUAAUCAGACAGAAACAGAUAUUUUAGCAAGUACAGGUAGUGACAACUCUAUUGUCUUGUACGAUUUGAGAACAAAUUCUCCGACGCAAAAAAUUAGACAAAGCAUGAGAACUAAUGCAAUCUGUUGGAAUCCAAUGGAAGCAUUUAAUUUCGUAAUUGCUAAUGAAGAUCAUAAUGCAUAUUACUAUGAUAUGAGAAAUAUGUCUAGAGCACUAAAUGUUUUCAAAGAUCAUGUGAGUGCAGUUAUGGAUGUUGAUUUCUCCCCAACUGGUGACGAAAUAGUUACAGGUUCUUAUGAUAAAACUAUUAGAAUAUAUAAAACCAAUCAAGGUCAUUCCCGUGAAGUUUAUCAUACUAAAAGAAUGCAACAUGUCUUCCAAGUAAAAUACUCAAUGGAUAGUAAAUAUAUCAUCAGUGGUUCUGACGACGGCAAUGUUAGAUUAUGGAGAAGUAAAGCUUGGGAAAGAUCUAAUGUCAAGAGUACCCGUGAGAAAAAUAAAUUAGAAUAUGACGAGAAAUUAAAAGAAAGAUUCAAGUACAUGCCUGAAAUCAGAAGAAUUAGCAGACAUAGACAUGUUCCAAUCGUUGUCAAGAAAGCACAAGAAAUUAAGGGCAUUGAGUUGAAUUCUAUUAAGAGAAGAGAAACAAAUGAAAGACGUACAAGAAAAGAUUUAUCGUUUGUUUCAGAAAGAAGGAAACAACUAGUAGGUGCUGCAUUUGAAUAUGAGGAUGAUAAUAGAAAAAGAAAGGGUAAAGGAUCAAACAAAGAUGAAGAUGCUGAUGAUGUAGAAAAUGAAGAUAUCUGA